AUGCUUCGUUCUUUAACCCGAAAAUUAUCUACAAUGUCAAAAGAAAUCACCCGUCAAGCUGAGCUUUUCCAGCAUCUUGCUGCUGUCGAAGAGUCCAUAGUUAAGGAAUGCGUCGCGGUCGGUCGUCCGCGUACAGCCGUCAACUUGGUUGCAGUAUCAAAGUACAUGCCCGAGUCCGAUAUCCAGAUUCUGUAUGACGCUGGGCACCGCGAUUUUGGCGAGAACUAUGUUCAGGAGUUGGUGCGCAAGGCCGGCACGCUUCCUGGCGAUAUUCGUUGGCACUUUAUUGGUGCUUUACAAUCUAACAAGUGCAAAGUGCUUGCUAAAAUUCCCAAUCUAAGCGCCGUGGAAACGGUCGACAGUGCAAGUAAGGCUCAGAAACUGAAUGAUAAUCGAACAGAUAACGACUCCAUACUUGGUAUUUUCUUACAAAUCAACACCUCUGGAGAGGAUCAAAAGAGUGGUCUGGCGUGGGAUGCCACCGAAGAGGUUCUGGAGGUGGCUCGCGCUGUUACAAAGUUCCCCCGGCUGCAGCUGCGAGGACUUAUGACCAUUGGGUCUUUUUCUGAGUCCCAUGCAGAAGGUGUCAACUCUGAUUUUGAUCGACUUAGCAAGCUGGCUACUACAUUGCAGACCGAGCUGGGCGUUCCGAUUGGACUGAGCAUGGGCAUGAGUUCAGACUUUCUCGAAGCCAUUCGUCAAGGGUCCACUAAUGUGCGAGUGGGGCGCACUAUUUUUGGCAAUAGACCUGUCAAGACAUAA